GAUGAGAGAGAGAAUUCCCAGUUUUUUUUUUCAGUAUUACCAAAGAUAAUUUUGCUUUGAUCGAAUGAAUCAAGUUGACAUUUGCAAUUUGCAGGAAUGACACUCUAGCUAAUUGACGAUGUCAACAGCUUCAAAUUUCAAUGGGGUUUGGUGCCUUCAGAUGUGAGAAGCUGUGGAUUAUGCUCUUAAUCCAAGGUGGGAUACGAAUCGAAAUGGAGACAACAAAACUCAAUUGGUUCGCCUUGUUUUUCACCUUUGCUGCAUUGCUUCCAACCCUGAUGGCCAACAUUGCUGAUUUCGACGAGGUGUGGCAAAAGCGAGCUGAGGAAGCGAGGGAGGCCGCCCUCAAAGCCUACGUACCAGACCCUUCGGAAGUCACCGAUACCUUAAACAAAGAAGUCCACAGGACUCUGAGGAGCAUCACAUACAUGAGCAAUGCCACUGCCUUAAUUGAACAUUUGACAAGCAACAACACCACCAGGAGGCACCUAUUGGGUAAAAGAAGGUACACCGGUCCAUGCUUGGCCACGAACCCAAUCGACAGGUGCUGGAGGUGCCAACGCGACUGGCACCUCAACCGCAAGCGGCUAGCCGAUUGCGCCCUUGGGUUCGGCUACAAGACCACUGGCGGCAAGGCCGGAAAACUCUAUUGGGUGACCGACAAUUCUGACGACAGCACGAACCCCAAACCCGGGACCCUCCGACACGCCGUGAUUCAGAAGGAGCCGUUGUGGAUCGUUUUCAAGCAGAGCAUGAAUAUUAGGCUGGCCCAGGAACUCAUAAUGCAGGGGGACAAAACAAUAGAUGGGCGUGGGGCUUACGUGACAAUUGCAAAUGGAGCCGGGAUUACAAUCCAAUUUGUGAAGAAUGUGAUUAUUCAUAACAUCAAGAUUAAGAACAUUAUGGUUGGAAGUGGAGGAUAUGUUAGGGAUGGUGUUGAUCAUUUGGGUAUAAGAACACGGAGCGACGGUGAUGGGAUUUCCAUAUUCGGAUCGUCCAAUGUUUGGAUUGAUCAUGUUUCCAUGUCUAGGUGUAUGGAUGGGCUUGUUGAUGCUAUUGAGGGAUCUACUGCUAUCACCAUUUCGAAUAGUCACUUCGUCGAUCAUAAUGAGGUGAUGCUAUUCGGGGCACAUGAUUCAAGCUCAAACGACAAGAAUAUGCAAGUCACAGUUGCAUUCAACCAUUUUGGCAAGAGGCUAGUGCAGAGAAUGCCCAGGUGCCGGUUGGGAUUGUUCCACGUCGUCAACAACGAUUACACUCAUUGGGAAAUGUAUGCCAUCGGAGGCAGUAGCAAUCCUACCAUCAUUAGCCAGGGCAACCGCUUCAUUGCCCCACCCAACCCUAGGGCAAAAGAGGUUACAAAGAGGGAGACUACUAAGGAAGUAUGGCAGAAUUGGACAUGGAGAUCAGAGGGAGACCUUAUGAUGAAUGGAGCAUUCUUUGUGGAAUCUGGAGACCGGAAUGGGGCUUAUAAGGCCUUAUCAAGAUUUGAGAGCAAAGCCCGUACAAAAGCGCAGCCCGGGACCGCGGUCGCGAUGAUCACACGCUUUGCCGGCCCGCUUGCUUGCAUCCCCAGAAGACCGUGUUAAAAUCUGAAGAAUCUGUAACUCGUUGUUGAUUCGAAGUGUAAUUUUUACUACACUGUAAAUGAGAUGAGAAUGUAUUCAAGAAAAUGAAGUUGAGCGGGCUAGCUAAUGUAUCAAAUAUGUUUUAUUUUUGCCAACUCUGGUUUGUGAGUAAG